AUGAAUCUGAUCACCCAGUUGCCUGAUCACAUCAUCCAUUACAUCCUCUCUCUCCUUCGUAAUACAAAAGAUGCAGCUCGAACCAGUAUCUUGUCCAAAAGGUGGAGAGAGCUAUGGACUUCAUUCUCCAUUUUGAAAUUUGACCAACAGAAUAUUCAAGAAGAGGGAAAUCUGGAUUUGAGGAAUGAGAACUUUAAGGACUUCGUAGACAAUUCUCUGAAGAGACACCUUGAGCAAAAACUAAGUAUACGUAAAUUGAUCUCCACUUUGUUGUCAAGAAAAACAUUGCCCCGAUCUGUUUUUGCUGCAAAGACAUUAACUGGAUUAAGGUUAUAUGGGUGUAAGUUGAACUCUUGCGGUUAUUUAAAGCUUCCACAUCUGCAAAAACUUUAUAUGCGACAAGUCAUCCUUGAUCAACAGGCAAUCAGUAAUUUGAUCUCUGGCUGCCCUCUGGUUGAGGAUUUGAGAUUCAUACACUGCACAGGUUUGAAAGAUCUGCAGGUUUCGGGUCUUCUAAAACUUGAUAGGUUUGAGAUGCACCAUUUCCAUGGAAUGGAAAAGGUUGAAAUUACUGCUCCAAAUCUUCUAACAUUUUGGUAUUGCGGGAGUAAAUCCACACACUGUGAAAUUAACUUGGUUGCUUGUGCAUCUUUAAAAAGAUUGACGUUGGUGGAUGCCAACAUGACAGACGAAGUUUUUCAAGAUCGGUUUGCUAGUUUUCCUGUACUUGAAAAAUUGGAGCUAAGCAAAUGCAAUCAAUUGAAGAAUAUAACGAUUUCUAGUACACAAAUAACCCCCUUAAUAACACAAAUCAUAAUGAUCAUUCAGGCUUCUUUUAAAAUUUAA